AUGUUUCCUGUUAGACUAAACCGCGACGAUAGGAAGUCCAAGACCGUCAAGGCCAAGAAGACAAACAAAACAAACGGAAGGACCUCAACCAAGGACCCAGAGGAUCCUCCCACGGCUCGCUCAUCAAAUUCCCAACGCAGGUCCUCCAUGCCUGGACUUGAGAGGUCGGAGGCUGCCUCGUUCCUUGAGUCGAGAACUAGUCUACCGUACCCUACUUUCUCGAAGGCUCACAGCAAGGAAGGCGUUCGAGCGAGCAUCCCUACACCGGACCCGACCGACUUGACACAUGACGAGGGGAAGAACAGUCACCGUGAGAAUCACCAUGCGCCUCCUAGUCCGCCGCUGACCGGCCUUAACCAAGAGUCGAAGAAGGGUAGUAUUGUCAACGAGGAUGAGAAGGACACAGAGAAACCUAAGAAGAAAACAAGUAUAAGAAUUAGAGCCUCCGAAGUCAAUAGGUCCUCCUCGAGUCUCAGGUUGAACCGCGAUGACAGCACCAAGUCCAAGUCGCGAACAGAGACCCCUACCAAAUCCAGAUCGAAGGAUGAAAGUGAAGCUUUGCCUCGGUCAUCGAGCUACAAGUCCAAGACGAAGGUUCCCGAUGACAGAAAGCUGCCCACACGUUCGAGCCGCUCGACAAUGUCUGCCUCACAGUCAAACGAUACGCUUCGUGAUGUCGGCGCAGAGUCAGUCAACGGGUCCGAUGCUACGUCUAUUGCGCCCAACCAGCAGCAUUCGAUGCCACGAAAACCGCUGAGUCCGCCUACAAAGCCUCCCUCCCGCACCCAGAACCGAUCGGCCAUGUCCCAUAACCGUACUGCUAGCAACGAAUCGAUCGAUUUUGUGAAACCAGUGAAUCCGAACUCGUAUGGUGCACCCCCACCGCCGCCACCGCCGCCCGAAAUGCCUGCUACUAUCCCUCGAGUCGACUAUUUGUUGAAAAAUGGUGGAUUGGAAAAUAAGGUCUCGAGAGCACUGCUGGCUAGCCUUGGGCAGAAGGAUCCCCUCUCGCAAGGACAACCUCAGUCCCGGGCUAUCGCUGGCAAAAUCUUCGACCCAUACCACCGCUUGCUAGACGACUACCAGAAAGUUAUGAGUAAGAAUGGAUCUCUUGCCGUCGCAACAGGGUACCGGUCUGUCGCCCGGCGUUUAUUGGAUCGUCUCGAAGCCGUGUUCGCGCGCGAUAUCUCAUCUGAGCCAUGUAGCUGCCAGAUAUGUGACCAAGCGGAGUCAGACAACCGACCGGAUGGCGUGAGCUGGGGCGAGGUCUUGGAGCUCGUGUCCGGCCGCAGGGAACUUCCGAUGUGGCCUCCCUUCACUAUGGCGCCAACCGCCGUGGAUACCGGUGCGCCAGGCGAUGAGCACGUUCCAAUGCAGAAGCUUGACGUCGACAUUCCUGAAGAGUACCACGAACACUUCAUCCGGCAGAGUCGAAAGACGAAGGUUGCCGUCGACAAAUGGCUCUAUGAGCAGAAUGAUCCAGGCACUAGUGCCCCUCACGAGGUUGACGAUGAGACAUUAACCUUCGCUAUGCUUACGCAUCUCGAACCCCACCAGCGCUCCUUAUUCUGCUCUUUGCUGGGCAUCAAUUCUUCUACUCCUGUCCCGCGAUCCGAUGACGAAAAGCCCAGACCGAAACCUUUGGCGCUUGUCUCGUCGGCCUCGGCCAUCCAGCGUCUUUAUCGACUAUCUUCCCUCCCUCGCGACCCGGAAACUGCUAUGUACAUGUUGAACAACCCUACCAUCCACCAUGUCCUCGCCACCCUUUCCGCGAUCAGCGAUGAUGAGUGGGAAAUCCUCAUCUCCGGCCGCUUCGACGGAUUCCUCCGCAGCGGUGCCGAAGACACAGGCCCCAGUGCCACUCCCACCGGGUCUCGCUGGAAUGGCAGUCGCUCUACCACACCCUUGGGCGGUGGUAUCUCCCGAGGACCAACACCCAACUACAUGGACGGCAGUUUCCGACCCUCCAGCCAAGUCAACGGCGUAUCCUCAACCCCAGCCUCAUUCGGCGGCCCGAUCGCACUAGACGAGGAGACCGAAAUCGCCGCGUUAGCAGAAGUUGAGCGCGACAUCUUUCUCGGGAUGGAAGCUCUCGAAGACGCCUUCGAAGCGCUCCACUGCAAAGCCGAAGCCGUGCGGCGCGCACUGCGCGAACGCGGCGCAGGCCUAUCUGUUGCGAACCAAAGCCGCCGGGGCUCAUUCGUCGAAGCGCGUCUGGGCACGCCCUUUUCUGGGGUCGGCACAUGGGAAAGCGGUGGCGAAGACGACUUCUUCGAUGACGAGCGCUCUCUUGCGCCCGAUGACUCGGCGAGUAACAUCAGCUCGAACCGACGCCGUCGGCCUAAGAGACGCACAGAGCGGCGCACCCCUGCACCUGUCGAGGAAGAGGACGAGGAAGAGGACGGUCUUGGCCGUCGGGAUACCCGCAGCUCGAGGCGGAGAUAG